UUUUUUUUCGAGAAUACGAUUCAUUAAUUAUGACUUCCAAAGAAUUACCUAAGCUUGUAUUUGUUACUGGAAAUAAGAAUAAGCUUGCUGAAGUUCAAGCUAUUUUAAAAGGAGUUAUUGAUGUCGAAUCUCACAAAGUAGAUUUACCUGAACUUCAAGGUGAAACCCAAGAAAUCGCAAAGCAAAAGUGUAAAAUGGCAGCUGAAUUGCUUAAUGGACCUUGCAUUACUGAAGAUACUGCCUUGUGUUUCAACGCUAUGAAAGGUCUUCCUGGUCCUUAUAUUAAAUGGUUUCAAGACUCUAUUGGCCACGCUGGUAUUAAUAAAAUGUUAGAUGGAUUUGAUGAUAGAUCUGCCUAUGCACUUUGUACUUUUGGUUACUGUGAGGGCCCUGGCCAUGAACCUAUUAUUUUUGAAGGAAGAACUAAUGGCAAAAUUGUAGCUGCACGCGGUCCAGCUACUUUUGGUUGGGAUGCUAUUUUUCAACCUGAUGGAUUUGAAGAAACCUAUGCUCAAUUGGAUAAGAAGGUUAAAAAUACCAUUUCUCACCGUGGAAAAGCAUUGGAACUUUUAAAGAAAUAUUUUGAAGACAAAACAACAAAUUAGAUUUAAAAUAAAGAGCCAUAGAUGUACUUGAUUUAUAUAAAAAAAAAAAAAG